GCAAUUCAUCCAUCCACUCUGCUUUUGAAUUGUUCCCACAAUCAUACACUCUUCUCCUUACCUCAACUUCCUCACUUCCUUCCUGACUCCCUUACGUAAAUUCUCCUCAAAGCAACCAUCACUACAACACAUUCUCCCAAAUUCACACAACAACAAACAACUUUAAUUUGUCACCUGCUAGUGCAUGCUAUACAUCCAUCAUCAGAAUCAUUCAAUAUAAUUUUCUCACAUCAUCAAAUCAAAACCUUCCUCAGAAUCAUUCAUAUUUCACUAUCUCAUCAUACUCACACACACACACUUUCACAAAACAACCACAAACAUGGUUCUUCUUCUUCGUCUCCUCUUCAUUCUCACACUCUCAGCCAUCACAACCCCUUCAACUUCAUCAUCAAUAGACACUUUCAUCUUCGGCGGUUGCUCUCAGCCCAAGAACACGCCGGUUUCCGACCCCGUCUACGAAACCGGUGUCAACUCGCUCCUCACCUCCCUCGUCAACUCAGCCUCCUUCACCAACUACAACAACUUCACCGUCCCGGCCACCGCCGGCUCCGGCGACACCCUCUACGGCCUCUACCAGUGCCGUGGGGACCUCAACAACGACCAGUGCUACCACUGCGUGGCGCGCGCGGUAAGCCAACUCGGCACCCUCUGCUCCGCCGUGCGCGGCGGCGCGUUGCAGCUGGAGGGGUGUUUCGUCAAGUACGACAACGUUAAGUUUCUUGGGGUGGAGGACAAGACUAUGGUUGUGAAGAAAUGUGGACCGUCGAUUGGGUUGACUUCUGAUGCGUUGACCCGGAGGGAUGCUGUGCUGGCGUAUUUACAGACGUCGGAUGGGGUUUACAGGACGUGGAGGAUCAGCGCCUAUGGGGAUUUUCAGGGUGCGGCGCAGUGCACCGGGGAUUUGAGUCCCUCCGAGUGCCAGGAUUGUCUCUCUGAGUCGAUCCAACGGUUGAAAACUGAGUGUGGGGCCUCCACAUGGGGGGAGAUGUACUUGGCAAAGUGCUACGCGCGCUACUCCGAAGGUGGGGAUCACUCGCGCCACAGUGACGAUGAUAGCAAUCACAAUGACGAUGAGAUUGAGAAGACACUGGCCAUAUUAAUUGGACUAAUUGCUGGGGUUGCUCUAAUCAUCGUUUUUCUUUCCUUCUUGUCCAAGGUGUGCGAAAAGCAGAGAGGUGGAAAAUCAUGAACAAUAUGUGCAUAAUAGUACUGGGAUUGAACUUUUGUUCUCUGGUAAAUAACUUGUUUCAGUGGCUCUUUUGCUACUCCUCUAGUGUAUCAGUCUCAACUUUCCUUUUUGUAUUAAAUUCUUCUUUUUCUCAUCUUUGUAAGUUUUUCUUUUAUAAAGAAAGCCAGUGAAGUAUAGAUAGAAAGUUGUGUAUGCAAGUAGUUGCUUGAACUUGGACCCAAGUUAUAGAACGGGUUGCAAUAAGGAGAAAAUACUCAGUUCCACUC